GGGCGCCCAAGCGGGCAGCGGCAGCCAGCGACGAGGGCGGCAAGGUCAAGCUCAAGAAGAAACGGCGGAGCAGCUGGGAGAGCAGGGCUUUCGUGGAGGUGCUCGAUGCCGUGCUCCUCGGCGAUCUCCCACAUGUCGCAGACCUGUGCGUGCAGAGGUUCAGGAGCUGCGAGUUCAAGGCCAAGGGGGGGUGCCAGCCGCUGCCGUCGCAGUGCGAGCUGGCCCCCAAGCGUGCGAUCGGUCUCGCAGUCCCGCCGGAGGAGAUGCUCGCCGGCCAGCUGGAGAUGCAGGGGGCCAAGCUCGCAGAGAUCGAGCAAGAGGCGAAGAAGAGCGAGAAGGCCCACCAGGGCAGGGCUGCUCGCGCCGAGGAGUCGGGCUCGGGGCUCAGCAGGCGUGGCGUCGUGCGACAGAUCGGGCGCGCCGAAGCGCGGCGCGCAGCGGCGGCGACCUCCCCGGUGCCCGCGACGCGCGCGGCAGCUCCCGCCGUCAUGGAGGUCAAGUUCGAGCCUUGCAAGAGGAUGCAGGGCGGGGCCCUGUGGAGCCUCCGCAACUUGGAUGUAAACGUCGCCGAGAUGGGCCUCCAGGUGCUGCGACUGCUGCUGCGCGCGGACGCGCGGAUGGGCAGGCGGGCGGGGCGGGCGUCCAACGCAGCGCGCAAUGCGGCUGAGAAUGCCUCGAGGAGGCGGGGCGUCCUGCCCCUGCCGCUGCCGAGCGCGGGUGAGCGCGUCGAGGCCCUGUCCCAGCGCUUGGGCGAUCCCACGGGCGCGAUGAAUUCUCGCGGCGACGAGAGGCGCACCUUCCGUUGGAGGGUCGGGGUCGGGGCUUGGGCGUGCUUGCGCAGGCUGCUCACGAUCGACCUGCGCGGGGGUCGCGUCUUCAUCUCCGGACCGGUGUUGCGCCUGCCAGCCGCGCGGGCGGCCAUCGCCUGCGGCGCUACGCCUCCCUCGGCGAGGCGCUCGCGGGCUUCGUUCGAGAUGCUGGCAGCCGAGGACGCUUUCGCGUCCGCGGAGGAGGCGUUGGGGGCGGUGGACGCGCUGGAGGGCGACUUCAAGCUGCCGCUCUGCCUCCCGGCGCACGAUGCGCCAGCGCCGCCGCCGCCGCCGCCGCCCGGCCAGACCUCGUUGCCGUGCGGCUACUUGAAGAUAAAGGGCGGGGUCGGGUCCGACCAGGAGGUGACGGUGGCAGCGCCGGUCUUGCGGCGCGACCCCGUCUCGACCGUGGUCUUCAUGCCAGCGGGCCGGCUCGACUCCGCUUGCGAGCCCUUGAGGGCCGCCGCCGUCGACGUCCAGGGCGUCCUGGCGAGCGACGUCUUGGUGGGCGACUGCGUCGAGGUGCUGGCUGUGCUGGUCGCGGACUUCGGGGAAUUGCCUGGCAUUGGCACUGAGGAGGUGCACGCGUUUUCCGACCGGGCAACGCCGCAGCCAGCGGGCGCCGAGACCCCGCGCGAGUUCCUGCUGCAGGCAUUGGCUCGUCUCACCAGCGCCGCGCCCCAGGCCCAGGCAGCGGUUCAGGCAGAGCUGUUGCAGCGGCUGGUCGACGGGCAGGGCGCGCUGAUGCGUCGCCUGGAGGCGGUGGGGGCGGCCAGGGCUGGCCACCCGCCGGUGCUCGACGCGGGCGCCGCGGCCAGCCACUGGCCCGUGCCGGGAGGGAGCGAGGGCCGCGAGUCGAUGCUGAUGCAGAUCUUGACCCACCAGACCAACAUCCUGUCGGCCUUUUCCGCGCGGGGCGGCCAGGUACGGCGGAGGCCUCCGCAGAAAAACCUCUUCGACGACGAUUCCGUGGACGUGGUGGCUCGCUGGGGCUUCGGUCUGAUUGGGCGCUUGCGCCGCCUGUGGGCGAGCUUCGGCGCCUGCGUCCGGUCCUCCAUGCGUCGCGUUGCCGAGGAGGAAGCCGCGGAGCUCCCCCUGCGGGGCUUUCCAUGCUGGACGCCGAGCGGGUCCAUGCUGGUCGACCUGGAGGUCCUGAUGACUCGCAUGGUGAGGAUCUGGGCCGACGACUUGCAGGACAACUGGGCCCGCGAAGCCCGCGUGACGUUGCAGGCCCAGGCGGGGGGGGGGUUCUCCCUGGCGAGCCCCUGGCUGCAGCGGCGCCUGCAGGCCGCCGGCGGGCUCGGGCGGGGCGCCGUCUUGGACGAGCACCUUGGCAUUGCGGUGCUGGGCCUGGACAGGCUCCAGGGAGCCUCGCCGAGCCGGCGCCUGUCGAGUGCGCGCGCGGGCUUAAUGCUCGCAUUGUGCGGGGCGACCACCUGGCUCAGCUUGCUGGAAUUCUUCGGCGCUGCCGUCUUCGCCGCGUUCCCCCGACGGGGAACGAAUCCUCUGCAGGUAAUUGCGUCCAGCCAGGCCGCCCGGAACGAGUGCGCCAUGUUCGCACGGCGGGGCUCCCGCGCGUGGCUGCGCGGGUGGGCGCUGGCUGGCCUGAAAAACCCCGCAGACGCCUCCGCCCUCCAGGACCUGGAGGAGGCGCUGUGCGCGGGCGCGGCAGCCAGCGUGGCCUCGCGGGACAGGGGCUUCCGCUGCUGGGUCCAGUCAGCGGAGGUGGAGAACGAGCUGAUGAAGUCGGGCCUGGCCAUUCUCGCAGCGGCUUCGGCGUGGGGACCCACGCGCGCCGAUCCUCGGCGCGUCGUCAUGUGCAUGCAGAGCCCCCCAGAGGUCGCCGAGCUGGACUUGUCCAUGUGCCAGUUCGGGAAGUUGCGAGCGUGCUGGUGGUGCGCCGGCAGUUCCUGCGGCUCCGCGCCGCCCCUGGCGGCCACCGCGGACUCGGCAGCGCCGCUGGCGUGGCCGGUGGCCCCAGCGAGGUUCUUGACGGCCCCGGUGGCGCUCCUGGCGGUCUUGGAGGGGGGCUCGACGUCAAGAUUUCCAGUGGCGAUUAUCGCUUGCCUGGCGGCGCUCGGCCCCCCGUGGGACGCGGGCGCGGCCCGCCUCGGCGCCGCGGGCGGCAUUGCUGCUCGCGCCAGGGGCGUCGACGCGCGGGCCGGCGCGGCAGUGGCCGAGGAUGCCCGCGCAGCCCAGGCUGCCCGCUUCCUGCGCGGGUUGCACUUGGACGCUGCGGCCGCCGAGGCAGCGGCGGGUCCUCGCCUGGAGUGUUUGAGGCUCUCUGGCUCGACGACCUGGACGCGGGUCGACGUGGAGGUCGCUUCCUCCGUGGCCUUUCGCGUGGCCGCUCCGCGGCUGGUCGUGGACCUCGCCAUUGCGCGCGAGCUGACGCUGGCCAUGCUGCUGGCGCGCGACCCGCUUGGGGCGGAGUUCGGUGCCUGGCCGUGGGCGCCCCGCGGCGUGUCGUUCGGGGCUUUCUACCAGAUGGGCCGCGCGCGGAUCGCUGCUAGCCUCAGCUGGUGCGGACAACUCAUGUACGAGAACAGGCACAGCCGGCAGGACUACAGCAAUUUGAUUCUAUCGGUCGUCGACAUGGACCGGGGCAUGCGCUCCAAUCUAGGGGCGGCCUGGGACAUCAGCUACGCGUGGGAGCACCUGGACCUGCUCCCGAGCGACACCCGCCUCGUCAUGCUGGAGGCGGUCUUCCUCGCCACACCGUCGCUGGCGCUGGCUUGGGACUGGUGGGACAUCGCCGCGUGCAUCCUGCUGGGGUUCCUGGGCAUGAUGGGGCUCUUCGAGAUCUUGCGGCCAAAAUUCGACGAAAUCUUGGUGCCGUCGCUUUCCGUGGAGAGGCUAUGCGCGAUCUACAUUUUCGUG